CGCCUGUUUCUUUAUACUUCCUGUGUGAAAGGUCACAAAGAAGAUGGCGCCGUCCAAUGCGAAACAUGCCAGCCAGGCUUGCAUUAUUUCUGGAGGAUUUACAGUGCUGUCUCUACAGUUCAGUACCGAAAGUACUGCCCAGCACAACAUAUUUGUAAAAGAACAUCGGGUACGAGCAGAGAAAACCACACACAGGCCACUAGACCGAACACUGUUUGUCCUCAACAUUCCCCCAUAUUGCUCAGAGAGUGUUAUUAGGGAGCUCUUCUCCCAGUUUGGUCCAGUUCAGUCAGUGGAGCUGAGGGAGAAACCAGGGUCAUCUGAGAAUGCUACAUCCAAACUGGCAAAGUAUUUCACCACAGCACAGAAACAGGGAUUUGUAGUGGGUUACAUCGUGUUUCAGAAGGCCACCAGCAUUGCCGCUGCCAAGUCUCAUCCCCACAAUGUCCCAUUGGUUGUGUCCACUGAGCAGCAACCGGUGUGGACCGGUCUAAAAAAAUGGAUUCAUCAGUACAAGCAGUCAAUUGUUCAGACAGACAAACUACAGGAGGCAGUUGAUGCCUUCAUGCAGGAUUAUGAUCAGAGAAAAAACGAGGAGGCUAAACGACAGAAGAAGCAGGCCGAGGAGCAGCAGGAGGACGAGGAGGGCUGGGUAAAAGUUACCAGGGGUAAAGGUGGGGCCAAGGCCCGACCCCACAGCGAGGUAGCAAAUCAGAAAGCUCUGCAGAAGGAGACCAGAAAGAGAAAGAGGAAGGAGCUCAUAAACUUCUACACCUGGCAGCACAGGAACACACAGAAGGAACACAUUGCUGAACUAAGGAAAAAGUUUGAGGAGGACAAACAGCGAAUUGCUUUGCUUAGAGCACAAAGGAAGUUCCGACCUUACUAAAACAGCUUCCUAUCCGCCUGACUUUCCUGGUGUUUUUUGUUUUUUUUAACAACCCCACUGUUGCUUUCCCCCAAUCAAUAAAGAUUUUUUUCUCUUCCUA